GUAUGUUCUGUACCAGAUAGAGUCAAGGCGGAAGAUAGAGACGUUUUAUUUUCGAGUCUUGUUCCGUGGAACGUGUUUUGUAGUUCAGAAGGUGAUGUCGAUUUUAGGGGAAUUCUUGCUCCAGUAGUUGUUGAAAUGGCAGCAGAGGGGGCCCAGUGUCUUGGCCUACUGCUCUUACUUUGCAUCGGGGCUGGCCUUGCAAAGGGCAAAGACCUGUGCAUCAAACCAAACAAUCAAGAGUACCAGUGCGAUACUGGGUACUGCUGUGGUGAGAUGGGUUGCUGUACCAAUUUCCAUGAACUUUGGUGGUUCUGGCUUGUCUGGACUGUUAUUGUCAUGCUUAGCUGCUGCUGUGCAUAUCGGCAUCGACAGGUAAAAAAGAGGUUACAACAGGAGCAAAGACAGAGAGAGAUCAGCUUGAUGGCAUGCCAGGGAGCUGCUAACACAUUUGCUCCACCUUCUCCUCUUCCUCCUCCUCCUCUUGACGCCAGGUUCUUUAUUAACUGCAGUCUUCCAUCAUAUGAAGAUGUGGCAGGACGACCGCCUACCCCUCCUCCACCAUAUUCUGAAAUCUCCCAAAGCACCACACAAACUGGACAGGACACAGCACUGGAUUGUACGCUUCCACAGACUGAUUCCUCCACUGAGAUGACAUCGUUCUUUACUUGUGACAGGUACACUACUCAGCCAGGACAAGGACAAGGAUGACAUAUGUGUCCCUGAAAAGCCUGAUAGGCUACUUUUACAGCCAGAUGUGACUAAGUUGGUGUGGUUUGUAAAGCUCCUACUGUGACUGGCAGUUUAAUACUUUCAACUUACAGUGACAAGCAGAACUUGUGAUGUUGGUAUAAAAAUGAUGGCGCAUAGCUGUCCGCUACUUCUGCCUGCUGUGAGAUAAGACCUCAAACAAGCUCACUGCUUCUACCAAAAAAAAUGAAAAUUAUAAUGCUGAGACAGAGUCAUGUCAUAAGGAACUUGUAUAAGGGUUGAUCUCUGCCUUCUGGAGAAUGAGACCUUUCUUACGGAUCAUUUGUGAGCGGCAACAGGAACUGUAAAUUGUUUUAAGAAAGCAUUAUGCAAAUUCAAAUGUGAUGGCCAGGAAGGAUGGAGCUUCAGACAGGUUCGAAGGGGACUUCAGUGUAGUCCUUCUAUUAGGUUCUAACUACACAUAGACGUCAAGGAAAAAGCUUAAUCCAGACAUUAAUGGCUGGUUACUGUUAAAAUGCAAAAUCCCAUCCUUUUCAGCAGUUUGGUCUUCAGUCCAGCUACUGCAGAUUUUGUUGCUAGAGUAAUCACCGUCAUGAGCGGUUUAAUUACUUGAGUCAUGCAGUCUGGAAUAAUUCUGAACUGUUUGAAGAGGUUGAAUCUUGUGUCAGUAAAUAAACACAGGAUGCAGUGCACUUUAAUUAUGUUACUCUUCAUGCAGAAGGAAGCAGGGUUAAAAAUUUUUACUAUAUUGCUGUCAAGAGAUCCUGCAUUUUCCUUUCUGUUGGCACUGUUGUGCUUUGAGCACCCACAGAAUGGUUGCUCUGUAUACAUUUUACACUUGCGUUGUCUUGUUCCCUUUUUUUUACAGACUGUGCACAUGGCAACUGAAGAGUGUGUGAGGAUAAUGUAGUUACUUUUGCUUAUUGAUUUGCACAUUCUUAAUAAUUGAUUGUUGCUGCUAUUAUGCUGUUACCUUUAGAGAAAGUGCAGUAACACAUACACAGCUGUGGUGAGUGCUGUAUAUAAGAUGCUGUAGCGAGGUAGUACAUGAUUAUUAUACUCACAGUAGAGUAAUUAGAAUUCUGUACUUAUGUUUAUAUGACCAUAUCUUAUGUUUCUGUACAAGAAGUAAAGAAAAGAAUGAGCUGUCCCAUUGCUGCAGGGCAAGGGCAUCUGACUCCACUACUGGGGGCCAAAUUUCAGUAAUGGACUUGGAAAUGGAAGUCCCAGUAGGGAAGGCAGCAAGGUGAGUUUUCCUCUACAGUGAGGGAGGAUUCAGUGGGCCCAUCCGUACUGGAAGCACCUUGUUGAAUGCUGGAGGACUAACCUGUACCUCUACAAUCUGGGGGAAAAACAUGGCAAAGGCAAAUUGGAUGGGCCUACACAAAAGCAUAAUUCUUUCACAGUGCCAUUGCAUACCACCACAAAGAAAGGAAGAAAAAGGCAUGCAGACCUCUGGCAUACCCUCUCCAUUUAACUCAGUAACAUAAGAAAGGGUGUGAGGGCUCCAGAAGCAGUGAGUUGCAAGGGGAAAAUGAUAAGGGCUAUAGUAUACCAGCAAAUUAAUGAGAGAUAAUCGUGGUCUUGUGACUUUCUCAAAAAUAUUUCUUUUUAAAGAAGUAGAGAAAGAAGAGUACAGUAAGAGUUAUGUUUUGUUUACCCAAAAAUGUGGUGACCAGAAAAAUGUCACAUGCACUGCCAUAUUAUUCCCUUUACCUUUUGCAUAAACUAUGUUUUUAGGAAUUUAUAAAUCUUGGUAAUUGUUCUUUUGAUUAGCAGGGAAUUUCCUGAAACCAGUUUAAUGAAAAGUGCCAGCCAAACAGAACUUGAUCUACAUUUAUUCUGUGACUCUUCUGUUACAUGUGUUGAAUUGUAACAGAGAAUAGGAUAAAUGGGGAGCUUUCCUUGCAUGGAAGGUGUGAUGAGAUGCUUGACCCAUUCACUGAAAACAAAUGUAAGUAAAAUUCUCUCUGACCUGACAGUACUAAUCAGAUGGUCUAAAAACUGCAUCCAUGUGUAGUUGCAUGUUAAUAUAAUUUUUCCAUUUUAAGGAGAAAAGAAGAAA